AUGGGCCAGCCUUUGGAUUUUCUAUUGGUUUCAAUCUGCCUGUUUCACAGCCUUUUCAGUUUUCAAGUAGAAGAUUAUUAUGCACCAACCAUAGAGUCCGUAAUUAGAAAUCCAGAGACAGAAGAUGGUGUAUGUGUCUUUCCAUUCUGGUAUAGAAGUGAAAUAUUCUAUGACUGUGUCAAUUUCAAUCUGAAACACAAGUGGUGUUCUUUGAAUAAGACUUUUCAAGGUUACUGGAAGUACUGUGCUCUUUCAGACUAUGCUCCAUGUGCCUUUCCCUUCUGGUACAGACGUAUGAUCUACUGGGAUUGCACAGAGGACGGGGAGGUGUUUGGAAGAAGGUGGUGUUCACUCACCCCAAAUUACAACAAAGACCAUGUUUGGAAAUAUUGUAUAUAAUGCACCAUUUGUAUCUGACGGUGAAGAAGACACAGCAAGUGCCUCAUACAUUCACCCAAAAGGGGAAGAGCUGACCGCUAA